AUGAAAGAAGACUCAAGUGGCUUCUGCGGGCGUUUAGCCUUGCCCCCGGUGAUACCGGAACUGGAAUUCCAGGAACCGUGGGUGCGAGUUGGAAUCCGACGACACCAGGAACCGGAAACGUUUGUUGAAGGCAGCGAAUCAGUAUGUUUGGUCUCGACCGGUUAUGAGUCUGUGUGGAUGCGCGUCGACACAGGACAUCCGAAGUACGUCAAUGCGUGGGAGAAGAUUGCGCCUGACAGGGACAUGAUCUUUGCUCCGUCGCUUGAACAGCAAUCGGCAAAGUACGACGUCAUCUCAACUCAGUACACUGUCGUCAACGAUUACCUACAACGACAAUUCUCGGACUUUGAGACUCGGAUGACUCAGUGGCGUGCGGAACACAUCGAGUGGGAGUCCUCAGAAUGGAACAACACCUCCGCAUUUAUCGACAAGUACAUCAAAGGAGUCAUGACUCCUGCCUCGGAACGCCCAGCGGAUGAGGCCGAUGAUGGAUAUUCUCAGCGUCAGGGGGAUAUCCGCCGAGUGUGUCGACCGGUAGACGCUUUAGAACGGAUGGCGACGAUGAAGUCGGACAGAACCCGUUACGGCCCUAUAUCGCCAGAGGUUUCUGCUGGGUUCGAUGAGCCGACAAAGCCAAUUGAGGAUCCUGGUGUUCAGAACGCGGAUAAACGGGUUGUUGAUCUAACGAGGGAAUUUUGGGGCUUGGUUGAGGUUUGAUGCGUCGGCUUGUAUAGAAUUAUUAGCCAGCUUUGCUUGGCUAUGAGCACGUACCUAG